UCUUCCCGUUCCUUCAUGGAUUUGAAGGUUCUCCUUUCCUCCUUGAAUGACUUUGCAUCCCUCUCACUUGCUGAGAGUUGGGACAAUGUUGGAUUACUGGUGGAACCAAGCCCACCACACACUGUAAACACACUCUUCCUUACCAAUGACUUGACCGAGGAAGUGAUGGAGGAGGCGCUGCAAAAGAAGUCGGAUCUUAUUCUCUCCUACCAUCCGCCUAUUUUCCGACCUUUGACGCACAUAACCUGGAAGACGUGGAAGGAGCGCCUGGUGAUUCAGGCUCUGGAAAACAGAGUUGGUAUUUACUCUCCUCACACAGCCUAUGAUGCUGCACCCCAGGGAGUCAAUAGCUGGUUGGCUAAAGGGCUUGGAGUUUGCACCUCCAGGCCCAUACAUCCUUCCAAAGCUGCCAACUACCCAACGGGGGGAACGCACAGAGUAGAAUUCAGUGUUAACUCCACCCAACACCUGGACAAAGUCAUUUCUGCAGUGAAAGAAAUUGCAAAUAUUUCUAUCACUUCUUUUUCUACUAGGACUGAUGAUGAAGAACAAACACGGAUUAGUCUGAAUUGUAGUCAGGAGGCUUUGUUACAGGUGAUGGCUUUUCUUUCCCAGAACAGACAAUUCUAUCAGAAGACUGAAAUUCUGUUACUGGAGAAGCCUCCACUUCCGCAAACUGGGAUGGGACGGUUGUGCACACUGGAUGAGCCUGCUUCCUUGGCAACCAUGAUUGAGCGAAUCAAAAGGCACCUUAAACUAGCUCAUGUUCGCCUUGCUCUUGGGGUAGGAAGGACCUUAGAGUCUCCAGUCAGAGUCGUGGCCCUGUGUGCUGGUUCUGGGAGCACCGUGCUGCAGGGGGUAGAGGCUGACCUUUACCUCACAGGUGAGAUGUCCCAUCAUGAUGUUCUGGAUGCUGCAUCCCAAGGAAUAAAUGUCAUCCUCUGUGAACAUAGCAACACUGAACGAGGUUUUCUUUCUGAUCUUCGAGAUAUGCUGGGUGCUCACUUGGAAAAUAAGAUUAAUAUUAUCCUGUCAGAAAGAGACAGGGACCCUCUUCAUGUGAUUUAAAGCAUACAGGGACAACAAGAUGACAGAGUCUACAAAUUGAUUUGCUCCCAACUUGAAUGCGUAACAGGAAUCAGCAGACUUAGUAUCCGUCUGGAAGAAUGUCUUAGAAUGUACACUAUUUCUGGUUUGUAAAUCUGCUUCACCAAAUAGUCUGUAGCUUGUAUGGUAAAAACCAUAAAGUAUUAAACACUU